AUGUCCUACAUCGUCCACAGCCAGCCGUGCCGCGUCUGGGUUGGCAUCCAGGGUGGCCACAGCCUCCGGGGCUGUGGAGCGGAGCUGUUGUAUGCUGGCAGCGGGUCGGGUGUGGCGGGUCGUGGCUACCCAGUUGCGGCAGGCCACCUGACCAUUUGGAUUGCCACUUGCUCAUUCAGCAAGUCACCCAUCAUGCAGUUGAGCUCAGGCACUCGAAAGCUGUCAGCCAUCAUUGCUGUGGUGGUGGCGGCCUGGAAGAGCUGGGUGGAGGCUGCAACACCCACCCGUCUGAGGGCCUGCAGAGCUGUCGAGGCCUGGGUUUUCUACGAAAUUGCAGUCCCCACACCAGACGAGCAGUGUCCCCUCCACAGCAGCAGCUCUCACUCUGGGGCCAAGGUAGAGUUGCCGGCAGAGGGUGGAUGCAACCGGGCGGCUGACAUAUCCUGCGUGAGUGAAGAUGCCAAGCGCCUCCAGAGUUCCACAAUCAAUGGUGAAGUUGUGACCUUCAACUACCGGACGAAAAAAUGGAAGGGCGAGCAGUUCGGCUUGCUUAUCUUCGAGAAGCUGGGUAACACCUUCCCAGUGACCCCAGCUACGGGAUUGCGCCUGUGCAUGGUGCUGCAAACCGGCGGCUCCUGCAGUACACCCGCGGGAAUGUGCCAGGGCGGCGCCAGCAGCGGCAGCUGCGUCUACUUGCUGUCUGAUGCUGUCUACUCUUGCUGUGCAGUCAGUGAAGCGCUGCUCUGA